GCGACAUGUGCCCCGGCGGGAGUAGAAGAUGUAGUGGCGUGAUCGGCAUGUCAGCAGACGAUAUCAGGCGAACAUGAAGUCAGUCACUUGUACCGCUCCCGUAAACAUCGCCGUCAUCAAGUACUGGGGCAAGCGAGAUGAGAAGCUGAUAUUACCAGUGAAUUCUUCCCUCAGUGUCACAUUAGGACAAGAUGAGCUCAGAGCUAAAACCACGGUGGCAACAAGCAAAGAGUUUACUAAAGACAGAAUAUGGCUAAAUGGAAAAGAAGAAACAGUUGCCACUGAAAGAUUACAGAACAUAUUUAGAGAAAUUAAAAGACGUGCAAGACGGCGGAAAGCUGAUAGUAAAGCUGAAGAUGCAGUGGUUAGCUGGAAGGUACAUAUUUGUUCUGAGAACAACUUCCCCACAGCUGCAGGGCUGGCAUCCUCUGCAGCAGGCUACGCUUGCCUAGUGUAUUCUCUGGCAAAACUGUUUGGGGUUGAAGGAGAAAUAUCUGACAUUGCCAGACAAGGAUCGGGCAGUGCCUGUCGCAGUGUGUACGGUGGAUUUGUGGAGUGGGAGAAAGGUGUGAAGGAAGAUGGGACAGACUCACUAGCCAAGCAGGUGGCUCCUGAGACACACUGGCCAGAGAUGAAAGUCCUCAUCCUGGUGGUGAGUGACCAUAAGAAGCACACAAGCAGUACAGCCGGCAUGCAGACCACUGUGAAGACUAGCCAGUUACUACAGUACCGGGCUGAGCAUAUCGUCCCCCAGCGCUCUCAGGAGAUUACUCAAGCUAUCCUCGACAAAAACUUCCCUAAAUUUGCUGAGAUUACAAUGAAGGAUAGUAACCAGUUCCACGCUGUGUGUCUGGAUACAUACCCCCCAAUCUCAUACAUGAGGGACGUGUCCCAGCAGAUUGUGCGCCUCGUACACGCCUACAACAAGCUCUGUGGGCAAGCCAGGGUUUGCUACACAUUUGAUGCUGGUCCUAAUGCAUGCCUGUUUCUCCUGGAGGAAGAUGUUCCAAGAGUUGUCUCCCUUGUGUCACAUUUCUUCCCUCCAGCAGUUGGAGAUGAGUCCAAUUUUGUCAGGGGUAUACCACUUAUUCCAGAUACCCCAUCUCAGGUUGAUGUGGAAGGUAUACCUCUGGAACCUCAGCCUGGUGCAAUCAAAUAUGUCAUCCAUACAAAGGUAGGGGGUAGUCCACAGGCGCUGACCAACCCUAAGGAGAGCCUGUUGGGUGAAGAUGGAUUGCCGCUCCAUAUCGUCAAAAGUUAACCCAGUGUAAUGAAAUUAUGUGACCAAGAAAUACCAUAGUGAAUAUGGAUUGUAAAUUAUUCUGUAUGUUUGAACGAUAUUUGAAGUAGCAAGUAAGUGUGAUAGCGUUGUACAUUUCCUUUGAAUAAUCUGAUUGGUGAAAAUAAUGCCAGCUAGGUUUCUGGCUGAUUUUGGAUUUUGUGGAAAAAAAAAAGGCUGUAAUCUUGGUGCUAUGGUGCUGUUGUUUCUAUUUCUAUUGAUAUCUCAGGUGAAUGUAUAUGUAUAUCUGUAAGCCAAAUUUCUGCUUCUAAAGAUCCUACCAAUACCUGGAUUUCACAGUGUCUUGCUUUGCUCAAUUUUCAUUUUAAUCAUCAGUACUCUGAAUCAUUUUAGUGGUAAACAUUGUACGUGAAUACCCAUUAUUUUUAUCAUGGUAGUUGAAUGUUUUUCUUGUACUCCAUGCAGCAUCUUUAUACAAAUAAAAUACCAUAAACUCAGAAUGAUGUACAUUUUUUUUCUUGUUAAACAACUACAUCGCUGUAAGUGAGCGAUUGUUCUCAAGGCCAUCUCUGCAUUUCCUCGCUUGGUGUCCAGUGUAGAUUUCAGGUUUUCACAAAGAAAAUGUUUUUUCACAAAGCUGUCUCAGACACAUGCAGGCAUGGGAAUUUUCCUCCAGUUGGCUGAUAUCAGACUUUUUUUGUUUAAAAUUCAGUAAAUCAAAAGCAGCUGAUUUUUUUCUUGG